AUGACCCGGUGUAUCUCCGAUGCUGCAAAGCCGAUUUAUACUCCUAAUUCCUCGACUUUGCAUGAAGUCGCCAAAACUUGGCUUAAACCGAGAAAGCGGGAGACUUGCAGCCAGCCUGGUAAGCGCAAGACGAAUGACUCUCCAGAUCAGCCUGGUGGUGGUGGUUACGUCGAAGAGGGGUACGUCCCAACAGAGAGAGAUAUCACUCUCACCGAUCUGUGCUUGGAAAGAGACGGUAGACGAUGCUUCGUCACAAACGGCGCCGACGCACUCGAACCUUGCCACAUAUAUCCGUACGCAUUAGCGGGAAGACAAGGAACCUCUCAACAUGAACACAUGUUCUGGUCUCUCCUUAAGAUUUUCUGGAAGGAAGGUAAAGUAGAGCACUGGAAUAAAACCGUUGAAGGACCACAUGGCACGGAGUUUCUGGGAAAUCUCCUGUGCCUGUGGUCGGGUGUUCACGAUUUUUGGGACAGAGCACUUCUCGCACUGAAGCCAAUCAAGAAAUGGCCAGGAGACGGGGAGGAAGAGUACCUUAUGCUGCAGUUCUACUGGAUGCCUGGUGCGUUCUCUAGAGGACCAAUUCGAGUUACCAAACGUCCUUCAUUAUCCGCUGGCCUCGAGUCCACGCCGAACGGAACACGGCUGCGGGAUAACCAGUACCAGAAGAUUGUUUCCGGUCAUGAAAUUACUCUCAAGACUGAAAACAAGAUUACCGAUCCUCUUCCAUCGUUUGAACUGCUGCAAAUGCAAUGGGUUCUUCACAUUGUGGCCAGUCUCAGUGGCGCUGCAGAAGAUCUGGACGAUGACGACGACGAAGAGGAAGAAGAAGAUUAUUAUUAUUAUCGCUAUUAUGAUGAGGAGGAUGACUAG